AUGUCGAACCGUUACUCAGUUUUCUCCACGCAAUCCGCUGGGCUCUCAGCCGGCCCCAGACCACAACAUGGGACUCAGGUCUCAACGACAACAUUAUUAAAUGCCCUGCAUUCAUUUUACACAGCGGGUCAGCCAUAUCAGCUAGACUCAGCGACGAGUCUAGUCGUCAAUACAUGGGUCACCGCAGCAACUACGUUGCCAGAUGGUCGAACCGCCGCCACGGUCGAUCGUGACCUGGCUAUUCGGGCUUGGGAACAUGCCAGACGGCGGGCCGAGGAUGGGUGCAUUGUUCUAGGCGCUCUCCAUCAGUCAACACCUUCAUUGCUAGAACCUUUCAUCGCGGCGAUCCCGGUGGAGACACCUGAGAUAGCUCUCACCGCACUUUCCGCUCUACGUCCUUUCCUCACAGCAGUCACGGCCUUCAAUCCCUCAUACUCUUUGCAUUCAGCGUUAGCCGCCACUUAUGUAUUGUCGCUACAAGGCUCGCUUCAUGGCCUCUCCUUCGCCCUGUCAACAUCCGGUAUUAAUGUACGCAAAGGCCUCUUAGAGAUCCAACCCGAGACUGGCUACCGUGCAUUCGAUGCCUUCUAUUACCUUCUCACCUCUGCAUCUACAGCUGCGGAGCGGGAAUUCUUGGACUUGAAAGAACCCUCCUCGUAUACCCUGCUAAAGCGAUCAAACACGUACGACCCACCACAUUAUCUACCCACUACCGAUGAUGCCGCUGCAGCCGAGGACUUCCGUGCUUCCUUGAAAGCCAUCGGCAUCAAAGGUUCUGCUCAGCGAGGCUUGCUGUCUGUCCUUGCUGGUCUCCUGAAGCUGGGCAAUGCUGCUGGCUUUGAGGUGGAUCAGGAAGAUCUGGAGGAGGUCUGCGAGGACGCUGGUGGUCUUCUGGCAAUAGAUCCGGAAGUUCUUUUGCACAAGUGUUCCACCGACGAGCGAGAAGUGCUAAUCGCGGGCAUCUACGAAGCUCUUGUUGACUGGGUUAUCAGCAAAGCGAACGAGGCUAUCGCAGCUGAAAUUCAGCAUACAUUGGAUAGCGAUUCCAGCAAUGAUGGUGGUGCUGCGCAAUGGUCGAAUGACGACACAGUCAACUUGACUGUAGUGGAUAUUCCACGGCCAGCACUUGGAAAAGCAAUCGCAAUGAGAGGCGUUUUCGACGACAGCCUCGGACUCAAUGCUGAAAUGAAAGACGAUGGUAUCCCUCUUCCGCCAAUCGGAGGCUCUGUCAUCAGCGAGAUGAAUUCUGCAGUAGCACAGGUUGAACCAGAUCUUGGAAUCACUACAGGAAUUGCCGGCCGAGAGCGCGAACACGAGCUUGACAAGCGGCAGGGUGUUCUGGAAAAAGUGGGUGUUGAACUUGAGAUCGAUGCUUUUCUCCGAAGCAUUCUCUUCCCCGUUGAUACGGAAGGUAUCACGGUUGGGAAGCGUGGUCGAUUUGACCUCCCUACCACCCUCAACAGCAGCCGUGUCUGGUAUCACCUCUCCCUCCAUCCGACCGAUGACAUGCCGGAACAGCUCGCUUCGGCAUCCCCCACUGCGUGGUCAGCAGGUGCAGUCUCCCGCCAAUUGCGAGACUGGCGACUGCCGGAAUGGGCCAAUCGUCGCUUGAAGCAACUCGACUUUACCGCCGAUUUCGACGUAGAAGAAUUUGUUGAUCGCUAUGCACGUCUUGGCUGUGCUGAAGGCCAGGAUGGUGUUGAAAACUGGAUCAUCGAACGAGGCUGGAGCAAUGGAGAUGCCCUUGUUGGUGAACAGCGUGUGUGGAUGCGAGAGGGAGCGUGGUGGGAAGCGGAGAGUAUGCUGGAUCUCAAACCAGAGGAUACUCACGUGAAUCCCUUCAUGUACGGUCCCGCUCUGUACGAGACCGGCUUUAACUCAGAUGGCACUCCCAUUCAUGAGGCUUCCACUCUUCUUGGCAUGCCACCGAGUGGUGGCAUGGCCCCAAGCGUCAUGGGCGGUGCUAAGUCCAUCGCUCCUAGCGCGCCAUUCAACAAUGCUGCCAACAACGGUGACUAUGGGCUGGGCCGCAAGGGUGACGACAAAAAAGGGGACAUUGCGUACUAUGACGAAUAUGGCCGAUACAUCGGCGAGUUCGACCCCGAGUUUGGUGACCCAAAGCACAUCGAGAAAAAAACCAUCACCAUGGGCCGACGGGCCUGGUCUGGUUUUGUCUGGGCGAUGACCUUCUGGAUUCCUUCGUUUGUGCUUCGAUACGUCGGCCGCAUGAAACGUCCUGAUGUACGUCUGGCGUGGCGUGAGAAACUCGUCCUUGUCUUCUUGAUCCUACUCUUCAAUGGUAUUGUCUGCUUCUAUAUUAUCGCCUUUGGCGACCUUCUCUGUCCCAACAAGGACAAAGUCUGGAAUCAGAAGGAGGUCGGCUGGCACACAGAUGACGAUAACUUCUUCGUCGGCAUUCACGGUCGUGUCUACGACAUCAGCAAGUUCUGGCGCACGCAGCACAGUGACAUUACUGGACAAGACACAACAUCAUCCAUCAUGAAACAAUUUGGAGGUCAGAUUUUAGAUGCCUACUUCCCUCCUCCUCUCGACCGCUAUUGUGCCCCAUUUGUCAAGUCUGAUACCAUUGCAUUGGCACACAACAACACAGACGCUAUCGCUCUGUCUACGGCCGAGCACAAGUCAGGGGCACAAUCUCCAUACAUCAAAUCCAAGCUCCACAAUGAUGACUGGUAUGAACGAACCUUCUUGCCAAAGAUUGGCACCUACUACAAGGGUGACCUGGUUUGGACAAGGAAGACCGUACAAAAUCAGGCAAAUUUAGAUUCUCGGUACUGGGUCAUCAAAGAUCAAAAGGUAUAUGACUUGACGGACUAUUUCUUCACCCUGAAAAGGAUGAAUAAUCUCGACACAUACGAUUGGCUGCCUUCCUCUGUGACAACACUUUUCAAAGACAACAUGGGCGAAGAUGUCACCGACAAAUGGCAAGACACACCGGAUUUCCGAAAUGCCCAAACGUGUCUCGAUUUCGUAUUCUAUGUGGGCAAAAUUGAUUUCCGUGAUAAUGCUCGAUGCACUGUGAACAAUUGGAUCCUGCUCUCCUUUACUGUUCUCAUUUGCGCUGUUGUUCUGGUCAAGUUCCUGGCAGCCUUACAGCUAGGAUCCAAACGCCGCCCUGCACCCCAGGACAAGUUUGUCAUUUGCAUGGUUCCUGCAUAUACUGAGGGCGAGAAUGACCUCCGAAAAGGCCUUGAUUCGCUGACUGCCUUGCAGUAUGACAACAAGAGGAAGUUGAUCUUCGUCAUCUGUGAUGGUAUGAUUGUCGGUGGUGGUAACGACCGCCCCACGCCAAAGAUUGUUCUGGACAUUCUUGGAGUUGAUCCCAAGAUUGACCCACCCGCACUACCAUGCAAAUCUCUCGGUCAGGGCAGCGAGCAACUGAAUUACGGCAAGGUUUACUCUGGUCUUUACGAGUAUGAAGGCAACGUCGUGCCUUAUAUUGUGGUUGUCAAGGUCGGCAAGGAGUCUGAGCAACGCAAGUCCAAGCCUGGCAACCGUGGCAAGCGAGACACGCAGGUCCUGCUCAUGCAAUUCCUCAACCGUGUUCACCACCGCUCGCCUAUGUCGCCCCUUGAAUUGGAAAUGUUCCAUCAAAUCAACAAUGUCAUCGGUGUGGAUCCAGAACUAUAUGAGUACUGCCUCAUGGUCGAUGCAGAUACCACCGUAAGGGAAGAUUCUCUGAACCGGUUGGUGGCUGCUUGUGCUGCAGAUGCCAAAAUUGCCGGCAUUUGCGGCGAGACUAGUCUCCAAAAUGAGGAACGCAGUUGGUGGACAAUGAUCCAGGUCUACGAAUACUACAUCUCGCAUCACCUGGCCAAGGCAUUUGAGUCGCUCUUUGGCAGUGUCACCUGUCUUCCUGGAUGUUUCACUAUGUACCGUCUGCGAACCGCAGACAAAGGACGUCCUCUCAUCAUCUCGGACAAGGUCAUCCAAGACUAUGCUGACAAUGAUAUUGACACUCUUCACAAAAAGAACCUGCUUUCUCUUGGUGAGGAUCGGUAUCUGACAACCAUCAUGACCAAGCACUUCCCCGCGAUGUCGUACAAGUUCAUCCCCGAUGCCUACGCAAGUACAGCCGCACCCGAGGCCUGGAGUGUCCUUCUCUCCCAGAGACGCCGCUGGAUCAAUUCUACGAUCCACAACCUGGUGGAGCUGGCAGCUUUGGAAGAUCUAUGCGGUUUCUGCUGUUUCAGUAUGCGAUUCGUCGUUCUCGUCGAUCUCCUGGGAACCAUCAUUCUUCCUGCUACCUGCGUUUACCUCACCUACCUGAUCUACCUAGUCGCUAGCAAAACUGGUCCCUUCCCUAUGAUCUCAAUCAUCAUGCUGGCUGGUGUAUAUGGUUUGCAGGCAAUAAUCUUCAUCGUCAAGCGGCAGUGGCAACACAUCGGAUGGAUGAUCAUUUACCUCAUCGCUUAUCCGAUCUACAAUUUCAUUCUGCCGCUAUAUGCCUUCUGGAAACAAGACGAUUUCACCUGGGGUACCACCCGUGUCGUCAUCGGCGAGAAGGGCGACAAGCGAGUCAUCGCCGUGGAAGACGAACCCUUCGACCCGCGCAGCAUCCCACUCCAGCGCUGGGACGACUACGCCAUGGCCAACAAUCUUCCCGGCCGCCGCGGCGACUUGAGCGCGUGCAUGGAGAAGCCUUACGCCACCGGCCGGUACGAUGACAUGACCAUGGAGAUGGAUGACAUGCACUCGCAGUACUCAUCCGUCAAGCCAGCCUCAACCAUCCUCACAGGCUUCCCGGGACGCAAUCACCCAUACAUGCCCCCACAGUCGCCCGCGCCUUUCGUCGGCGGCAACGUCCCGGGCAACCGCAACUCGCACAUGUCAAGCUUCUCUCGCUACACGGAUAUGCCGCAGAUGGGCCCUUCGAUGGGUCACUCCGCACAGCCUUCCCGACAUCUAUCUAUGGGCGGUCUCAGCGCCUACCAAGAUAACCCCAUGGCCUCGAGCAGACACAGCAUCGGCAUGAUGCAUAGCAGUGAUAACCUUCUCGGCACUCCUGGUUCUCGCAGCCCGUUGCCCCAGUACCCGUCUCGACCUGCCAGUACUGCCUUUGAUUUCCGUGCUGCUAGUGGGCCGGACGAGGCAGCCAUCACCGAGGCAAUCCGCAGCUGUCUGGCGGAGGUUGAUUUGGAUACUGUCACCAAAAAGCAGGUCCGCGUUCUCGUCGAACAGCGCCUGCAAACCUCGCUCACGGGCGAUAAGCGAAUCUUCCUGGAUCGACAAAUUGACCAGGAACUGGCGAAUAUGUGA